AUGGCCAAUCUAAAUCCUCCAGUAGAUAUUGACGACGAAGCACAUGUAAAUGACCAACAAGUCGGAUAUGCCUGGGAGGACUACAAGCGUAGCUGGGAUGAGUUACAAGAAGAUGCUGACGGGAGUUUAAAAAGUAUAGUAGAAAAGCAAAUAAAUCGUGGCAAGCGAAAAAGACAUUUACGCGAUACUUCUACUAUUCAACGAGGAAUAUUAAGACACAUGUUUAUAGUGAUUGAUCUAUCAGAAGUUAUGUUGGAAAAAGAUUUAAGGCCUUCGAGACUAGAGUUGACAUUAUCUUACACUGAGCAAUUCAUUCAGGAGUACUUUGAUCAAAAUCCUAUAAGUCAAGUAGGGAUCAUAGUAACGAAAGAUGGUAUAGCGCAAAAAUUAACAGAGUUAUCUGGUAAUCCAAUGGAUCACAUAAGAGCACUUCAAAAUAAGAAAAAUACUGAGACAGAGGGUGAACCUUCGCUGCAGAAUGCCUUAGAUUUGGCAAGAUCAACUUUAAUUUAUGUUCCAGCACAUGGAUCCCGCGAGAUUUUAGUAAUAUUUGGUUCACUGUCGACCUGUGAUCCCGAUAAUAUAUAUAACACCAUUGAUCAACUUGUCAAAGACUCGAUUCGAGUCUCGGUUGUUGGACUAGCAGCGGAAGUACAAAUAUGCACAUAUGGCGUAGUCCUCAACGAAGUACACUUUAAAGAGUUGUUAUUUGAGAUCAUUCCACCACCUGCGAUCACUUCGGCUCAAUAUAAAUCUGAAUUGAUUAUGAUGGGAUUUCCGACACAUGUAACUCGAAAAACACCUACACAGUGUAUGUGCCACGGUAAAUCAACACUUGGCGGAUAUCUAUGUCCUAGAUGUCAGUCAACAAUUUGCGAAUUACCAUCUGAAUGUGAUUUAUGUGGCUUAACAUUAGUCUCGAGUCCUCAUUUGGCGAGAUCUUAUCAUCACUUAUUUCCAGUAGGAAAUUUUGUAGAAGUUCCAUGGAGCAGUGCGUCCAGCACAGAAUGUUUCUCAUGUCUACUCACAUUUCUGUCUAUACCAUCUACACGCAGUAAUCAACAAUUACCAGAAAUAUCAAGUGGACGGUACAAAUGUCUAGAAUGCAAUAAUCAUUUUUGCAUCGAUUGCGAUGUUUUUAUUCACGACGUUUUACACAAUUGUCCUGGAUGUUUGUCAAAAUCCGAAUCUUCCAAAAACAAAUUAGUAUCGUCAUCGUCCACGCCGUCGUCUUCUAUCCAACAACAAACCAAUGGCGAUUCGUCUCAUAAUUCAAAAGGUAAAAAUGCGAUUAAAAAUAGAAACGAAUCGUAG